CCGCGGGAUUACGCGGGAGAUCGAGAGAACGAGUUUUCUAAGUCAUAAAUUUCGACAAUUUGCGAACAAAAUGGGGAAAAAGUCUGGUAAAGGAAAAGAGAAGAAACUAAGAAGAAAAGAGGAACAAGCAAAGAUCACUGCUGCUCAAUCGAUUGUGGAUGUUGCCAAUGCUGUUGAUGACCUCAUGAAGCCGCUUGCCCCAUUCACAAAAUACGACAGAAACGGACUAAGUGUAACCAUCGGAUGCAAACGAGUAUCGGAGUUGAGCCAAGAUGAAUUUAAUUGGGCGUUUGAUCUGACUAAGGACAACAUGCAGACAUUGUACGAUUCUACUUCGUGGGGCUGGAGUGACAAGAAGAAGAGGGAGGAGAUGAGUGAAGAUACAGCGUGGUAUCUUAUUGCAAAAGACGAAAGUGGCAAAGCAGUUGGUCUUUCCCAUUUCAGAUUUGAUCUGGACAACGAUAUAGAAGUACUUUACUGUUAUGAAAUACAACUGGACAAAACUGUCAGAAAUAAAGGUCUGGGGAAAUUCAUAAUGCAAAUUCUUCAACUUCUUGCGCACAGAUAUCUUAUGCAAAAAGUUAUGGUCACUGUUUUUAAAGAUAAUGAAAAAGCAAUGGAUUUUUUCACAAAGCUUUUAAAGUUUGAAAAAGAUGAAACCUCACCCAGCAUUUAUGAUCCCUUCCAUCCAGAAGAUUAUUGCUAUGAAAUUUUGAGUCGACCAGUCAUGAAAACUGGAUCUUAAUUCUUUAAAAAAAAAUUGUUAAAUCCAGUUCCAUGAACUUCUGGAAUAAUGUGUAUACUCAAUGCAAAUACCAUCAGGGCUUGUAUCUUUGGAAACAGAAUUUUUCAAGAUUGGCAGUUCAUCCUUUUCAAGAAUAAUUUGGUGGGUCGGGUGCCAUCCAGACUACACUUCAAGAAUAUAACCAAUAUUUGACGCAAACUUUGUUGUGUAAAGACUAAAAACAAGUUGAAAAUCAUCACCGCUGGCAGUAUUGAGCUGAUGAAAAACUUCCAUUGUGAACAGUUUUAAUUUUGAUAGAAGAAUUUUUUUGCUGAAGCUGAGAGGCUGAAGAAGAGAGGCUGAAAAAGAGAAGCUGAAGAGAAAUUUGAAAUCCGUGACCCAUGCACCACUGAAACAGCAAUCCUUUUGAAAGCUUUCAACCAAAGCUUAGAGGUUUUAAAACGUGUUUUUGUAUAUACACAAUCUACUGUACAAUACCUCUGAUAGCUAGUUUUAUUUAUCACAUCAAUAAAUUUCAUUUUGAAGAGA